ACCACCUCAUUACUCUCAUUCUCUCCCCUAAACACUCGCACUCAAAUUUUGCUUCAGAUUCAUUUGGGUCGAGAAAUCCAGACGAAAUAUGUUUAUCGAGAGCUUUAAGGUCGAAAGCCCCAACGUUAAGUACACUCCGGAUGAGAUACACUCUCUGUACAAUUACGAUACCACAGAGCUUGUUCACGAGGAGAAGGACGGAGCUUUUCAAUGGGUUGUUAAGCCCAAAACCGUCAAAUACGAGUUCAAAACUCAGACUCGUGUUCCUAAAUUAGGGGUGAUGCUUGUCGGAUGGGGAGGCAACAAUGGCUCAACCCUAACUGCUGGUGUUAUCGCAAAUCGAGAGGGAAUAUCUUGGGCAACCAAAGACAAAGUGCAACAAGCCAACUACUUUGGUUCCUUGACUCAAGCAUCCACUAUCCGAGUUGGGUCGUUCAAUGGAGAGGAGAUCUAUGCCCCUUUCAAGAGCCUCCUCCCAAUGGUGAACCCUGACGAUAUCGUAUUUGGGGGAUGGGACAUAAGCAGCAUGAACUUGGCAGAUUCCAUGGCAAGGGCCAGGGUUUUGGACAUUGAUCUCCAAAAGCAGUUAAGGCCUUACAUGGAAUCCAUGGUCCCACUCCCUGGUAUCUUUGACCCUGACUUCAUUGCUGCCAACCAAGGUUCACGUGCAGACAACGUGAUCAAGGGAACCAAGAACGAACAGAUCCAAAAAAUCAUUAAGGACAUCAGGGAGUUUAAGGAGGCAAACAAGGUGGACAAGGUGGUGGUACUGUGGACAGCCAAUACAGAAAGAUACAGCAAUGUAGUAGUUGGGCUGAAUGAUACGAUGGAGAACCUUUUUGCAUCAAUAGACAAGAAUGAAGCUGAGAUUUCUCCAUCAACCUUGUAUGCUAUCGCUUGUAUUCUCGAAAAUGUGCCAUUCAUCAAUGGCAGCCCACAAAACACUUUUGUACCAGGGGUGAUUGAUUUGGCCAUCCAGAGGAACACCUUGAUUGGCGGAGAUGACUUUAAGAGUGGUCAAACCAAGAUGAAAUCUGUUCUUGUUGAUUUCCUUGUGGGAGCUGGUAUUAAGCCAACAUCGAUUGUGAGCUACAAUCACUUGGGAAACAAUGAUGGAAUGAACCUGUCAGCUCCACAAACAUUCCGAUCCAAGGAGAUCUCCAAGAGCAACGUGGUUGACGACAUGGUUUCAAGCAAUGCCAUCUUAUAUGAGCCUGGAGAACAUCCUGACCAUGUGGUGGUUAUCAAGUAUGUGCCGUAUGUGGGAGAUAGCAAGAGAGCAAUGGAUGAGUACACGUCUGAGAUAUUCAUGGGUGGUACAAACACAAUCGUGCUGCAUAAUACAUGUGAGGACUCGCUGUUGGCUGCACCAAUCAUCUUGGACUUGGUCCUAUUGGCUGAGCUGAGUACUCGCAUCCAACUGAAAGCGGAAAGUGAGGGCAAGUUCCAUUCAUUUCACCCGGUAGCAACCAUCCUGAGUUACCUGACAAAGGCCCCUCUUGUACCACCAGGGACACCAGUGGUGAAUGCACUAGCAAAACAGAGGGCAAUGUUGGAGAAUAUACUGAGGGCAUGUGUUGGAUUGGCACCAGAAAACAACAUGAUCUUGGAAUACAAGUGAAGUGAAGUGAAGUGAAGUGAAGUGAAGGGUCAUAUGAAUGAAUGCUUUGUAUUUCUGAAGAUGUGAUGAUAAUGUUUUUGUGGUGUUGUUUGCAACCUCCUUCCUUCAAUCUUUAUAAUCACAAGUGUAAUGUUUGUUUAUGUGCUUUCUUACCUUUAACAAGGAAGUAAACUACCCUUUUAUUUCAAUAACUGAAAAGUUAGUUG